AUAUAAACGCGAACUUUCUUUCUCCUUCGUCCUUUUCUCUGUUGUCUCUCUCGCUUUCGAAAAUUCCCACCAGGUUUUUUCUUCUUACCGUAUCAACUUUCGCCGAGCCUCCCAUCCUCUAUUUCCUGGAAAAACCCUAAGCCGCCACCAUGUCUCAUUCCGACGACGGAGCCGCCGGAGGCUGCGCAUGCUCCGCGGGAGUUAAUGAUGGUUCUCACGACGGAUCCGGUGAGCCGAGCUGCACGCAUUGCAGAAAGUCAGAUACAUCUUCCUCAUAUGCCUACACUUCCCUUUCGUUCGAUUCGAUUCCAUUGACGGACUCGGAGAAGCUUCGAAGAAUUGUCAUUGCUUCGAUUAAGGGGUUCGCGAUUGGAGCUGGUCUCAAAGGUGGCCUUGCUCUCUUCUCGAUCCUUGCUCGUUUGGGACGAAAAAAGGCCCUAACCUCUCUCAGGAAGGAGGGGGUGCUUACAAAUAGUGAAGCAAUUGUGAGGUCCGUGAAGGAAACAUUGAGAUAUGGUCUAUUUCUUGGCACUUUUGCUGGUACAUUUGUCUCCGUGGAUGAGAUUAUUGGUGCUCUGGGUGGUCAUCGUAGGACUGCAGGGUGGAGGGCUCUGGUGGCAGGGGCGGUGGCGGGGCCUUCGAUGCUGAUGACUGGAAUAGAGACACAGCAUACGGCCCUUUCCAUAUACAUACUUAUGCGUGCUGCAGUCUUGGCAUCGCGAUGUGGGAUAAAGAGCAAGCGUUUUGGCCGAAUUUGUAAACCUUUGACAUGGUCUCAUGGUGAUAUAUUCCUUAUGUGUCUCUCCUCUUCACAAAUUUUGUCUGCUUACAUAUUGAACCAAGAGAGUCUGCCUAUAUCAUACAAGUCCUUUCUCAAUAAACAUGGUGGAAAGGAUCAGGUUAUCCUGCAAGGUGUGAAACAGAUUGCAUGUGGCAUGCCUUUUACUAAUUUGGAAGAAAUUGAGAAAUAUUACAAGGCCUUGGGCACGAGCAUAAAACUAGAUCCAGAAAUGAAGGUUCCUUGCUCGAUCAUACAUGGAAAUCAGUCAUGCAGUGGACAUUUUCUUUCAUUUCUUCUUCAAGCCUAUAAAAGAGCGUUACCUGUGUAUCUUCCUGUAUAUUUGAUGCCUGCACUGAUAGUUCAUCGUAAGGGCGUCCUGAAAAGGCCUUACACAAUACUAGGCAAAGGUGUUCUUGGCACUGCAAGAUCAAGCUUGUUUCUAUCCGUAUAUUGCUCAUCUGCGUGGAUGUGGACAUGCAUGCUCUUCAGGAUUUUCAAGAGAUGUAACAUUCCAAUGGUGGCAAUGGGAACGUUCCCAACUGGCCUGGCAUUGGCCAUUGAGAAGAAAAGUAGGCGAAUGGAGAUAUCACUCUACUGCUUUGCACGGGCUAUUGAGAGCUUCUUCUCAUGUAUGUCUGGAGCUGGAUAUCUACCACAAUCAAAGAAUUUCAAGAGAGCUGAUGUGAUGAUUUUCAGCUUAUCAACAGCCAUCAUAAUGCACUGCUAUGCCCAGGAAAGGGAAGUGUUUCGAUCCAAGUACUUGAAUGUUCUUGAUUGGGUAUUUGGCGUGCCUCCUCCUUCUCCAUGUGAAACCCCACGCUGCAAAGAUAGUUAGAAGCUAGUUUUGGUUUUGAUUAUUGUGGAGAGGUUUAGAUGUUGUUGUUUAAACUUCGCCCAAAUUGAUUGCUGGGAAGUUGUAUGUACCAUGAUUCUUGCAGCAUCUAGUUGCUACAAGUGAUUUAGGGUUAAUAUAUUCCUUGUUCGUUAACUUUUCGUGCCUAAAAGAAAUCAGAAUCACAUUUUUUCCUUAUCAAUAUUCGUUUUUGGUGUCA